AUGUGUGGGUCUUUCCUGGACCGUCUGGGACCCAGAGGAGGUGGCACCUGCCCCUGGCCCUCCCUGGGGCAGAGUGUGGACUCCCAAAGUGGCUCGAAGCUCCCAGCUCAGCAUGGAGGUGGGGAGGGGGAGGUGAGGAAUAGGGGGACUGUACUGUUGAACUGGGUGCCCAGAGGGUCCUGGUGGGGCUUAGGAGACAUUGAGGUCCAGAGGGAAGCCAGGAAAAGGCGGUUUCCCCUGGGGCAGCUGGGGACAGGAGCUCAUUUGCUUAAGAAGUUUCUGGAUUUUGUUGCAGGUUUGGGUACUCUAGCACCUGGGAGGGCCCUGAGGGGUGAGAGGGAACACAUGCCCCACUGUGGGAGGACCCCUGGACGCCCAUGUGAGCCAGGAUUGGGGGGUGGGUGCUGUGUCAGGAGUCUCAGACCAUGCAGGUAG